AUGAGUGAUGGAUCACAGCCUGCGACGACACCCCAGUACGGGUUCGACGCUCACCGCAAUGCCCGGGAUGUUAUCAAAUUAUUCCAGUGCUCACAGUGCUCAUUGCCUCUCCGCGAGCCUAUGACCUUACCAUGCGGCAAUACCCUUUGUCGGCCAUGUCUGCCACUGCUAUACAAACGCGAGAACAUCUCUUACCCCGUUGUCGAGGGCCGGUCUGAGGGGUUUGUUUGUCCGUUUGAGGGUUGUGGCUCGGAGCAUUCAGUUGGUGAUUGCGGCACCGACGUGACCCUCAACAAGAUUGGGCAUAUCGUGAAGACCUUCAUAUCAAACUAUAAGAAGGAAACCUCCGGCAUUCCGCUCUUGCUGGAGGAAAAUUUGAACGGGCUCGAACUCGUUGACGGUUCCUCCGAAGUGACACCUCAGCCACGCGUUCUUCCAGGGGGUCGCAUCGCUGCGACAUAUUUUUUGGCAGACAUGGGCGAGCUGCGUUAUUCCUCCGAAAUUACCUACACGCCCGUCGAUGCUGGCACCGCCGAUACCAUCAGAGCUGCCGACGUGGCACUUCUGGAGAAUUUGAGGGAAGCCAUUCGAGCCGAACUAGAGUGUCAGGUCUGCUACCAGAUCAUGCUGGAUCCUCUGACGACCUCGUGUGGACAUUCAUUCUGUAGAAGGUGCUUUUGCCGGGCCAUGGAUCAUACCAAUCAUUGUCCAAUGUGUCGUCGCUUACUGCCGCUGGUUCAUACCCAGCAAUCAACACCCAGCAACAAACGAGUGACGCGUCUGAUCCAAGAUUUAUUGCCCGAUCUUCUCGUGGCGAGGAAGGCCCUUGCCGCACAAGAAGACAUGGUUGAUGAAGAGACGCAUUUACCCCUCUUUCCUUGUACCUUGGUAUACCCCCAGAUGCCGACAUUCCUACAUAUUUUCGAACCACGCUAUCGAUUAAUGGUUAGGAGAGUCCUGGAGAACGGUACACGCAAGUUCGGCAUGUUGGCGUACAAGCCACACAGCGAAUACCAGCAAGGCGGGUCUCACUGGCAGCAAUAUGGAACAGUCUUGUUCAUUGAACGAGUGGAAAUGUUGGCUGAUGGUCGGAGCCUUCUGGAAACGAGGGGUUUGUACAAAUUUCGAGUCGUCGAGACAGGAAUACUUGAUGGCUAUCUCACUGGUCGAAUACAACGCUUUGAUGACAUCAGUUUGCAUGAGGAGGAGGCGAUUGAGGUGAGGGAGACGAGCAUACCAGUACAGCCUGAGGAUGAUGAUCUUGUUCGACUCCAGCGCUCAUCCACGCAGCAGCUUCUGGAAUACGGACUGGGCUUUGUUCGACAAGCUCAAGCGCGCUCAGCACAAUGGUUACAUCAACGGGUGCUUGCCGCCUACGGACAACCACCAGAGGACGCGGCGACCUUCCCUUACUGGCUCGCUAGUGUCUUGCCGAUUGCAGAGACGGAGAAGUAUGCGCUUCUCCCGGCCACGAGCGUGAGAGAACGGUUGAAGAUUACGGCCGCGUGGAUCUACCGACUUGAGCAAGCACGAUGUGAGGACGAAGCGGAGCUAGCAGCAAAAGCCCCAGAACACCAAGAUUUCCGUGAGCAGGAGACGUCUGGAACUGCUGCAACCAAUCAGACUGCACCUGUUGAGCCUCGUUUCAUGCAAGCCAGCGAGACUGAGGUUGCCGAGGCUGAGGCGCACGAGAGUGAAAAUUCCGAGGCUGAAGCUCGAACAGCUGAAGCUCGCGGGAGUUGA